UUUCUGUGUAGAACGAAGUGCACACAACCGGAUGCGCGGUUUUGCUUUUAACUCAACGGCAGUGAACCCGGAAAAAGCCAUGUCACUGCUAUCAUGUGCUAACGCUAACUCCACGGUUCUUGCUCCAAAACUCGUAUUUAAUCCUCAGUACCAUGAUAUUCAGCGGCGCGUGCGACUUUUAACAGUGUAGCAGGAGGAUCCAGGACUUACCCAAACUAGGCUUUAUCACUCUGGGACAUGCCUUACCUGGACAGACACAGUCGGAUCUGUGGAUUUUUGGACAUAGAGGAGAAUGAGAACAGCGGCAAGUUUUACCGGCGCUACUUCAUCUUGGAUACGCCGCGUAACGCCCUCGUUUGGUACAUGGACAAUCCACAGAAUUUGCCAGAGGGAGCAGAGUCUGUUGGAAGUUUGAAGCUAAGUUACAUUUCAAAGGUUGGCGAAGUCUCUGUCAAACAGAAACCCAAGACAGAGUUCUGCUUUGUGAUAAAUGCUCUGUCUCGGCGGUACUUUCUGCAAGCCAACGAUGCUGCGGACUUAAAGGAGUGGGUCAUCGCCUUGAAUAAGGCGACUAAAAUUACAGUUCCCAAAAACCCAGCACCGGUUACUAAGAGCACAGACACUGUCCCUGUGACGAGCCAGACUCAGUCAGCAACUCGGCAGGCCUACAAAACUGAGAUUGUGGGAGGCGUGGUGGUCCACACACCGGUCCAGCAGAACGAAACAGAUGAUGUAUUCACGAAUGAAGUUGCUCCACAUAUGACUUUGAGAAGAUGCCAGAGUUUACGGCCAAACAUCGUGAGAUCGGGUUACUGCGUCAAACAAGGCAACGUGAGAAAAAGCUGGAAAAGAAGAUUUUUCAUUUUAGAUGACCAGACUGUGAGUUACUAUAAAAAUGAAACGGAUAAAGAUCCGUUACGCAGCAUUCGGUUGAGGGACAUACAGAAGGUUCACGAAUGCCUUGUAAAAUCAGGGGAUCUGCUGUGCCGUGACAACCUUUUUGAGAUCAUCACAAAUGCAAGAACCUUCUACAUUCAGACGGACACACCUGAAGAAAUGAAUGGCUGGAUAAAAGACAUUGCGGCAAAAAUUCAAGACUUCAGAGGACCAUCAAAGAGUUAUCGCUCAGGUGGGCAGGUGAAACCACCCUUGGUAAAGUCCUGCUCCACAGCACAGUCCUGGCAGCCAUGGACCCCAGUCCCAAAGAAAACAUCUCGUUCAGUCGAUGAAGAAUUAAGAGAGAGCACUUUCUGCUCCCUGCCCUCUCUCUCAGAUGCACAAGAGAGCUCUGAGUCCAGAAUACGCCAGAGACACCAUUCUCAGCCUCAGCAAUCUGCCACAGAUCCACACUUUGCCAUGGACAGGGACACACACAUACGCACCUCUGAUGUCUAGUUCUGUUUUCUGCUAUCACUGCUCACCAGUACACUUGGUUGUAUUACAUAAUCUUUUAUGUUAUAUUUGCGCUUUUUCUUUCCAAACGAAGACCUUAAGAUUGUUAAGAUAACACAUGCUAAUGCUUUUAGACAUAGUAGCUUUGAGAUCUUCAUCAGUGAGACUGUACAGAUGAAUUUAUUUUAUGAAAGGUUCUGAAAGAAGAAGUUAUCUUUUUUUUUUUUGAGAAGAAAUAAUAUGUUGAAGCCUGGCUGUAUAGUCUUUUGUGAAUAUAGAAGUUUUCAUUGAUGUCAUGAACACAUAUUUGUCUUAGCUCCCCAUUGUAUCAUGUAUGGCAUACAUGUAAAAAGUAUUAUGGCUCGUAAAAUAUCUUGAUUGUAUUUUACUUUUUAAGUGUGCAUAAAAUGCUGCUGCGCUAAAAAAUGUUUAAAAAAAUAAAUGGGAGUACUGCUCA